AAUUUUUUUUUUUUAAUUUUGAGUGCGAUUGAAGUCUCUUAAUCACAUUUGAAAUCGUUUCAAUUAUAGAAAGAAUUCAAUAAUCCUAACUGGAUCGUUUCAGAUAGACUUUGAAAAUAAACAAACUGGCAAAGCUGAAAAAGCAAAGAAAGAGAAACUUUGGCUUAGGCGUUGUUCUGCUAAUACAACCAUGGCUGCAACAGAAGCUCCAUCAAAUGAGCAUGUUUACAAAGUUCCCCUCAAAGUUUUUGUAGACAGAAAUGAAAACAAAGUUGUGUUUGCUGAGGCAAGAAAGGAAUUCGUGGACGUUCUAUUCAGUUUCUUAGCAUUGCCUUUAGGUACUAUUGCAAGACUGGUGGCUAAGGAGUCAAAUAUUCCAGCGGUGAAAGUUGGCAGCCUGAGUUCAUUGUAUGAGAGUGUAUCACAUCUUGAAGAAGAGCAUCUAUGGACACAGGCUUGCAAAGAAAUGCUUCUGCACCCAAGGACCUCUAUGGAAUCUUAUUGCCAACUCCUCAAACUCAACAUCGACGACACUGCCCCCACAAAGUAUUUCCUGUGUGAGGACUUGGGGUGUAGUAGGAAGACAAAUGGGAGCCUUUUAAGCAUUUUCAAGAAUCAAAGAUGCAGUUGUGGAAAACUAAUGAACAGAAUAGUCUCCCCAGAAAUUAGUACUUUAGAAAAGGGCUUUGUGAAGGAAUCUGCUACUUUUAUAAUUUGUGACGAUCUUUCCGUGUUGCCUAAUGUUCUUGUAACAAUUAUGAAUCUACUCCAGAAGCUUGGAGUCAAAGACAUGAAUGGUAUUGAGGAACAAACAGUGGAUAUCAGCAAGAGGGAGGUGGUUGAUCUUCUCAAAUUGUCGUUGAUAUCAAAGAACCCUUUGACAGAUUUUGUCUUAGAGAAGAAGCCACGUGUUGAUGAUUUUAACCCAAUAAACCAAUCCUGGGUCGAGAGAGGAGAUGAAUCAUCUGAUGAAGGUAGAAAGAUAGUUGUAAGGGCACUGGUAAGAAAAUCAAAUGAAAAGAUUGUGUUUGCCGAUGCAGAUGAAGAUUUUGCAGACUUGCUUUUUAGUUUUAUGACUUUACCUUUGGGUGGAGUGUUGCAUAUGUUGGAAGGAAAAUCUUCUUUGAGCUGCAUAGAUAAAUUAUACAAGAGCAUUUCUGAACUGAGUCCUGAUAGAUAUUUAAGGUCACAGAGAGUCAAAGAGGAACUAGCUAAUCCUAAAUGUGCCCCUCUAUUCACCAUCAGUGAUCAGAUAUUACCAAUUGGCGAGGAUAUCUUGCCUGUUUAUUAUUGCAAUACUUUCAUUUAUGGCAAAGAGCGUCAUGUUGUUCUUGCUACUUCAACCAGGCCCCGUAUUUAUGGGUAUGACAUGAAUGCUCGAUUGGAGAUUUUUGAUCCAAAGUCCUGUAUUGGGGAUUCACGGAGUGAUAAAGGAUUUGUCAAAGGACCAUCAACGUUCGUGGUGACAGAUGACUUGUUUGUGACCCCAAUGUCAUCCAUUUCUGCCGUUUCUUGUCUAAAGAGGUCACAAGUUCCUCUCUCUGACUUGGAGGAAAGGGUCAUCAGUGUUGGUGUGAAGGAGGGAUUGGCCAUACUAAAAGCUUCCCUGACCUCAACGUCUGCUUUGACAGAAGGGCUCCUACAUUUCACAAAGGUCAUUGAGUUGGAGAUUUGACUAAUCCUUUCCAUCUUGUAGCUGCUACAAAAUAUGUAGUUACCAUUUAUGUUAUUUUGAAAUGCCUAAUUUUUAACAUUGGUGUGAUAGUGUCUGGUGCAGUCAAAAGUUCUUGUAUGAACGAAUAUUGUUAUUGUUUUUAUCCGAAUCUUGAACAUGAAGUUAUUGUUUGGUGUAUGGUGAUAUCAGAUCUUGAAUCUACUUGUUUAGUUCAAAGAUGGAUAGAUCAUGUUUGGAGGUGGAUCGACUUUGAGGCCGAAUUCAUUCAAUUUGGCCAUUGAGGUCAAGCUUGUUCAGUUCGGCCAUUUGACUAUUUUAAUAAGUGACUUGGACGUUGAGGCCAAGCUCAUUCAGUAUGGAUUGGCCAUUGAGUAUAGGCUCAUUCAGCGUGGAUUGAUGUUGGCGGCAAAACCAACAAGUGUACAUGUUGCAGCAUAGCAAUUGAUAAAUAUCGUUAUCUCUCAAUAGACUUAUGCAACACACGACAACUCUUACAUUCUA